AUGGAAAAAGCUAUAUGCCGAGUAUGUUUAAGCAAGACAGCUGUGAAAUCAUUAUUCGAUGUAGUAGGUGAAAUACAGUACUAUGUUAAACUGAAGAAGUGUGUACAAAUUGAAAUUCAUAAAAAUGACGGCUUACCAGAUUCCAUCUGUGAAUAUUGUGUAAAUGAAUUAAAUUUAGCGUACGACUUCGUACUUAGAUGUGAGGUUUCUGAUAAAACAUUACGAUAUCAUAAAUAUCAAAAUGCCGAGCCUAAAGUAAAUGGACAUGAAGAAAAUCAAUUCUUAGCAGAAGGUUCCUGUCAUGAAACAGAAAUUAAUUUUGACUUAGAGAUUAAAGAAGAAUUAGAUCAUUGUGAUGAUGUGCUACAAAACUAUGAUAAUGACAUUCUGUGUGAAAAUAUUCCAAAAUUAAGUUAUAGCGAUGAAGAUUUCUCUUUAACCAAAGGUCCCGAAGAAAAGAAAUGUGUCAGGAAGCCAAAGAUCAAUAAAAAAAAUGUGAAAAGAAUUAAAAGUGGUCCUUUGAGAUGUGAACUUUGUGGGCAAAUUACAAUGAGCCAAUCCGCAUUAGAUACUCACAUGAGGACCCACACUGGUGAGAGACCUUUCACUUGCAAUACUUGUCAGUCACAAUUCCGUACAAAAGGGUCUUUGAAAAGACACUUUGAGGCAAAGCAUUCAGAGAAAAGAGAGAGAAAAUUCACAUGUGAAACAUGCGGUAGCAGUUUUUACAGGAAGAAUGAUAUAAUUAUACACAUACGAUUACAUACAAAUGAAAGACCAUAUGUCUGUCCAUACUGCUCCAAAUGUUUCAGUCAAAUUGCAUCAUUAAUACGUCACAAACGUGUUCACACUGGGGAGAAACCUUUUAGUUGUCCGAUUUGUGGGAAGAAAUUUAACGACAAAAACUUAGUUAAGAAACACCAAUCUGUACAUAGUGAUGAGAGGAAAUUCACCUGCCACCUGUGUAAUAAAUCUGUGAAGAGUCGCACUACACUCAAUACGCACAUGAGUUUACAUUCAAAUGAAAAGUGUAAUGUUUGUAGCUUUUGUGGAAUGGCGUUUUCAAUGAAAGGAAACUUGACAAGUCACAUACGCAGAGCCCAUUCUGAGAAGUCGGGACAUUGUUCUAUAUGCUUCAAGUCAUUUUCAGAUAUACUGGCACACAUGCGUAAGCACAAUGGAGAAAGACCUUUUACCUGCAAAUUGUGUGAUAAAAGUUUUGCUUCUCAGAGAAGUUUAUCACACCAUAUGGUAUUUAAACAUAAGAAUGCUACAAAAUUUAAAUGUGCCGUAGCUGAAUGUAGUAAAGGUUUCCCAACAGCAAAAAUGUUGGAAUAUCAUUUAUUCAAACAUCAUAAUAAAAAUGAAUCACCAUAUAUAUGCCAGCACUGCUCGCGUGGUUUCUUCCGGCCUAGUGAUCUGACACGGCAUCUUAAAAUGAGUCAUCUGGAACCAUUACCUAAGAUAUGUCUGUAG